AUGGUUCGGUUCGUCGGUUUGAAUACCGGCGAACCGACUGUUCGAAACUUACUGGUCUUGCUUUUGCCACAGCCAUCGGUUUUUCAUUAGCGUCGCAAGGAGAUUGUUGAAGUUCUUGGCAUCAGAGGAGAGGAACUAUUCAGUUGGAUAACUGCAAUUGUUGGCAGCCAGCAUUGUUGUGACUCGGAAAUAACAGUCGCAUUGAGUUGACAUGGUCUACCAUUCCAGCUUUGCUGAUGAAGAAAUUGAUAAAGCAUGCGGUUGCCCUUUGCUUCCACUGAAAAGUCACAUAAAAGGACCUGCGCCGAGUUCAGAACAAGAUCGCACGGAUAUAGUUGAUGAAGCGAUUACAUUCUUCCGUGCUAAUGUCUUUUUUAGAAACUUUGAUAUCCAGAGUUCUGCCGAUAAGCUUCUUAUCUAUUUAACUUUUUAUAUAAAUGUUGCCCUGAAGAGGCUAGAAGGCUGCAGAACUUUGGCAGAAGGAACCAAAGCAAUUAUUAAUCUGGGUUUAGAAAAGGUUCCGGUGCCUGGAGAGCCUGGGUUCCAAUUUCCCGGAUUAUUUACUGUUGCUCAAUCUCAGAAAGAGGCAGAGCUCUUCCGUAAUUAUUUGAAGCAGAUACGGGAAGAAACUAGCGGGAGAUUACUGGGCGUGGCGUAUAGAUCCAAUGGAACCCCAAACAAGUGGUGGCUGGCAUUUGCGAAGAGGAAGUUCAUGAACAUCAUCGCCCCUUAAAAUUGACAGGCAAGUACACCAAUUUAAGACCUUUUGUUUGCAUAAUUGGGGUCGUGUGUAGUCGACUGCUGCUUUAAUUCAUUUCUGACGAUCGGUAUGGUAUAAAUGUGCAAGGCUGCAUAAUGAAUGAGGACAAUCUCAGAAUGUGUUAUAUGCCAUUUUGAUGUGUAUCUUUUCGGCUUUAAUAGGAAAAUAUAUAUAUAGCAAGAGAGGCAUCGUUGUAGUUCCAGCCGUCAUUGUUCGCUGUUACUUUCAUUUUAUUGUUAUUUUGCAGCUUUUUAGCCUUUUUGUGUUU